AUGUCUGAAAAGGAAGCCACAUUAAAAGAUAUAAGCAAAAAGGCCAUUGCAGAUACAGAAAAAUUAGCCACCGUCUAGAGAUUCGGAUUGUUUUCAUCCCCUGUUCCUCUGGGUUUGGGUGAUAAUAGUUACGACAAUAAGCCAAGACCUGCUCGUAAUGAAUAAGGUAAACCAAUCACCUCUCCUCCAAAUAUGAAAGCCACAGCUCCUUAAUCAGGCAAAAUCAAGUCAUCCUACUUCAGCUAACUAGGCUUUACAACCAUUGGCGAUAAAUACAUAGACCCUGAAAGAAAAAUAAGGAUUUAGGAAUUGGAGGAUAAUAAAAAAUAUGCCUCAGAUGAUAAAAAGAAUUUUGUUCCUCCUUCUGGAUACAAAGAGCUCGUUGGAGGUGUGUAUCCUCACUAGAAUGAUUAUGAAAUCCCAAAAGGUCCCAACAAUCAUAAAGGAGGUGAUGGCAGAGUUAAAAUAGGACCAAAGAAUGUCACCACAAAUCCUGCUUCUAAGAAUCUGGGACAUUUCCCAAAACAUGAAAAGGAUGAAUACAAUCGUUAUAGACAAUUUGAAAGGGAAAGGAUCUUUAAAGAAUAAAAAAUGCUCAAAGAUAAAUAACCAUUCAAAAGCACCAUUUACACAACUGAUAAUUUCAGCACUGAUAAGUAGGUCUUUGGAGAGACCAAUUUACCUAAACCAACCUAAGUCAAAGAAUUCAAACCAAAUAUCAUGAAACAUGAGGCUCCUUUUAAACCUUCAAAUCCAACCAAAAGUGGUGAGACUGGAUGUUUAAGCAAAUAUCCUCAAUAUAAGGGAGAUCCUCUCAAACCUACCUAGAGAAUAGACUUUGUCAAAGGAAAAGAUCCAUUCAAACCCAAUCAUUUAAUGGAGAUGGUCAGACCCACUCCUAGCAUUUCAUGUUUUCCUCACAAUCUUAAAAGAGAAUUAAACAAUAGAAUGUUUUGA